UCAGUCUAUCGCUCCUGUCCUCUGACACCUUCACCAGUCCUACCCAGGAGUCCUUCCCACAGGACAUCCAUCCAUCAGGGAUACUUAUCAAUCAAGGACCAGGAACAGGGGGAGCAGAAGGAGCAGAGUGCCCAGCUUUAGUGAGCCAUCCCUGGUGUCAGAGCUAGAGGUUGAUGGGUACUGAAAGAGGUCUGGAGGGUUAGGGAAGGGUACACCUGUUGUCUUAGCAUCUGUUGGCACCGACCCAGACUUCAGAGCCUUAUGGCAGGCCUGGAUACAUAAGAUACAUAACGGAAUUCCAGUCCACCUGGGAACAGAAAACCCCCUGGACCAUCCACGUAGUUAACCCUACAUAACUCAAGAGGAGUGGAAGUUGGACGGGAGGAUUUUAUGUUUUCAUGAUAAACAUCCAUUCACAAUUCAUGUCAGGGAAACGUAGUUUAACCGUUUGACUCUUAACGGUUAAGCAGAAGGAAUCCUCUGGCUCACCACACCAGUGAAAGAUGGGGGAGUCUAGGUCUAAUAGAACGCUCAUUAUGUCUGUUCUGGAACUCUCAUUGUGAACUAUGGAACACUCUGGUUCACCUCUGACCCCUGACCUCAAUGAUACGACAGCCAAUGAGAGCCUGUUGUGGGGGCUGGGGGCGCCCCUCCCUUCAGCCCCUAGCAGACAGCUGGGCACCUUGCCCAACUCCCAGACACGCUUCAAGGACCUGUCAGGGAUAUUCUUCAUGGUGACCCUGAACGUGGUGGCGCUGCUGGCUAACACAGCCGUGCUGGUGGUGGUGGUCAAAGCCCCGCACCUCAGGAAGUUUGCCUUUGUGUGCCACCUGUGUGCGGUGGACCUGCUGUGUGCCGUGCUGCUCAUGCCCUUGGGAAUUGUGUCCAGCUCGCCGUACUUCGCCAGCGUGGUGUUCACAGUGCUGGAGUGCCAGGUGUACGUCUUCCUCAAUGUGUUCCUCAUCUCAGCCUCCAUCUUCACCAUCACGGCCAUCAGCGUGGAGCGUUACUACUACAUUGUCCACCCCAUGCGCUACGAGGUAAAGAUGACCCUGAAGCUGGCCACAGCCGUCAUGGUCCUGGUCUGGGUAGCCUCAGCCCUCCUGGGGCUGGCCACUGUGUUCGGCUGGCCCAGCUACGGCAGCCUGAGCUCCAUCAGCGCCGCCCACUGCUCUCUCCACUGGAGCCACAGCGGCCACCGCCGGACCUUCUCUGUCCUCUUCACAGUGGCCUGUUUCUGCCUGCCCGCUGCAGUCAUCUUCGCUGUGUACUGUAACGUCUAUAAAGUGGCCCGCGUGGCGGCUAGACAGCAUGGACCGUUACCGUCCUGGACGGCCAGCCAUCUUAAACACCGCUCAGAUUCCAUCAGCAGCCAGACCACUAUCAUCACCACCCGCAACGCCCCCAGGAGGCUCCACCAAAAAAGGCCCUUUGGUGGGGGCAAGGCCGCCUUCACCCUGGUGGUCAUUGUGGGCCAGUUCCUGCUCUGCUGGUUGCCUUACUUCGCCUUCCACCUGCACCUGACUAUCAACAACCCACCCAAGGUCCCACCUGACCUAGAGGAGGCGGUCACCUGGCUAGCGUACUCCUCCUUUACCGUCAACCCAUUCUUUUAUGGGCUGCUGAACCGCCAGAUCAGGGAGGAGCUGUGUAAGCUGCGGCGCUGCUACUCCACCCGACCCGUCGAGCUGGCCCUGUCCAGCGGCCACGAGGGCUCGGCCCACGAGAACUUCCUGCAGUUCCUCCAGAGAACCAGCUGUACGGUGGAGACCAGAGCCAGCUUCGCCUGCACAUCCAGCCCCAGGAACACCCUGGACCAGACAGCGCAGCAGACAGCUGACUUCAGGAUACCUGGACAGAUACCGGAGGAGUUCAAUUAAAACGCCCCUGAUAUACUAAUCUGGACCCCAGUGAUAUACUGUUACUGUAUGGACACAAGCACCUGACUGCUGAGUUAAAACAGUUAAAACACCUUUAUAUCUGGCCACUGGAACUUUAUUGACUUCUGUAAUGGCUGUACCACAGGAAUACUAGAAGCAGGAACAGCCUGGACAAGACUGGGCAGACAGCUGGGUUCAGGAUACCAGGGCAGAUACCUGAGGAGUUCAGUUAAUCAACAAUAUUCUUAGAUACGUAUGCCACUGGUACCUACUGUAGUUGACUGCUGUAAUGGCAGUGCAAACUUCCCCAGGACUACUGACCUAGAGCAACAAAAUUAGCCUGGGUGUAAUUUCCCAGAGCCUUAGUAGCGUUAAGAUCAUCAUUAGAACCUUCUUGCGAUGUAUCAUUAAUAGCGAAGGUUUUUCCCAGAGCCUUCAUUAGUAAAACUUUGCACAUCUACGAGGGAUCCAGACCACUUGUAGAGCAGCCAAAGUGCAUCGUUAGAUACUUUUUUGCCCUUCCGCGUCACUUUAUUCAUAGAAGAUCAAGAUGUUUAGGCUGUCUGUCUGACUGUGACUGACAAUAACUUCAGAACGAAGUUCUGACUACAGAUACAAAGUUACCAAAGUAUUAGCACAUUUUACAAACAAGUGAAGGAUAAAAUGGUGCUUCAAUUGAAAACCGAGAUGACUGCAUUAAAAGAUACAUAGCCUAUAUCGGCCCAUAUAGCCUAUUUCAAUCAUAUUGAAGUAAUUUCAUGUUCAAUCCCACUGGGCACAGAUGGUUCAGCAUAAUUUAAUUGAAAUUCCUUGGAAACAACAUUGAUUCAAUCAGUGUGUGCCCA